AUGAGUCCGUCUUACCUCAAUAUUCAUUCAGUUACAGGAGAAAAGUUAGAAGUGGAUAUUGAUUAUAAAGACUUAUACCUUGGUACAUGCACAUCUAUUCAUGAUUUUGAGAAACUUAACAGAAUUGGGGAAGGAAAAUUAGCAUAUGGAGUUGUAUAUCGUGCAAAAGAUAAAAGAAACAAUACUGUUGUUGCACUUAAAGCAGUACGCAUAUUUGAUAAUGACCGAUAUUCGGGUAUUCCUAUUACAACGCUAAGAGAAAUAUCUAUUUUAAGAUCUUUAAAACACAAAAAUAUUAUAAGCGUUCUAGAAGUAGCAGUAGGAAAAGCACUUGAUGAUAUUUAUAUGGUAGAAGAAUAUUGUGAACAAGAUAUGGCAAGCAUAAUGGAUGCCGUUUCCAUUAAAUAUACACAAUCAGAGGUAAAAUGUUUAACAAAACAAUUAUUGGAGGGUGUAGAGUAUUUACACAAACAAAAUAUUAUUCAUAGAGACUUAAAAAUGUCUAACUUACUUUUAAAUGCAAAAGGUAUUUUGAAAAUUGCUGAUUUUGGUAUGGCUCGAGAAUAUAGAGAAAAUGGCAUGACACCUCACGUUGUAACUAUUUGGUAUAGAUCUCCAGAAUUACUUUUUGGGAAAAAAAAUUACACUAGUAGUGUUGACCUUUGGUCUGUUGGAUGCAUUUUAGGAGAAUUAAUAACAUCGGUACCUCUUUUGCCUGGUCAAAAUGAAACCGAACAAGUUCAAUUGAUCGCUAAUUUACUUGGUACACCUAAUGAAGCUAUUUGGCCAGAAUUCCGAAAACUACCACUUUCUAAACACUUUCAUUUCUUUUCAAGCAAAAGUAAUAUGAUAAAACAUAAAUUUUCUAAUCAGACAACAGCAACAAAAGAUUUAUUAAAUCGACUUCUUACUUAUGAUCCAGAAAAACGAAUUUCAGCAAAGAUUGCAUUGAAUCAUGAAUAUUUUAAAGAAUCCCCUCAAACCCAAGAUCCUUCUCUUUUACCAACAUUCCCCGAAAUAAGAAAUCAACAAAAAAAUGAUCAUAAAAGACAAAAUAAAACAAUUUCUUCUAAAUAUAAUAAUUAUAUUUUUGAUAAUUCAGAUAUUGAACAAUCAUUUGGAAAACGAAUAAAAAAAUGA